AUGAAUUAGUUAAAAGCAAUUUAAAGUUCUGUUGAUACAUAAAGAAGAAGAAACUCAUCCUUCAAACAAGAAAAAUCUUAUUUUGAAUAAGCUAAGAGAAGAAAAAGUGUCUUUAUCGAUCAAAUGGAUGAUUACAGUUAAAAUUAAAUCUUGAAAAAUUACAAAAGUUUCUUGCCUUAAAUAAAAAUGGAUCAAGUAAACUCUGAUGGAUAAGACAUUUAAAUUAUAAUGAAUCAUUUCAGAUUGUAUUAGUAAUAAAAUGUAAAACCAAUCAAUUGGAAUAUAUUUUUUGCUUAAAUUUGGGAUUUUAUUCAAAAAAAUGGCGAUAUUUAUGAUCUGUAUCAAGAACUCUUUAAGAAAGUGUUUUUUUUGCAAUUUCAAUAAUUGUAAAAAUAAUUAUUUGAAAUCUGUUACUUUGAAAAAAUCAUAAUAUCUUUAGGCUACGAAAUGCAACAGGAUCAAUUAUUCAACCAAUUUUUUUGUUAAUUCGUUUAGAAUUAUUAAUCAUGUUUGUAAGAAUUGUUUUCAAAAGGCAAAUUUAAUAAAAAGUAAUUAUAAGAUGCUUAAUAAUAAAUUCAAAUGAACAAUACUAUUGAUUAUGUCAGUAUAGAUGAUCUAUAUGAAAGAUUUCAACAAGGAAAUAAUACAAUCUGGAUGAUACAUAGAAAAUGCAAAUAAAGUUAAUAAUAUAAACUAAAUUUUAAAAUCAUUAGAAGACAUUUUGCAUUGUGGUUACACGAAACCAGAAACUUAGAAAUCAUAAAGCUAUUACCAAAACAAUUACUCACUGCUUCUCACCCAUUUAUAAAUGCAAAGUUAACCUAACCAAUCCUAAUUAUUGAUUUGGAUGAAACCUUAGUGCAUUUUGAAUAGGGAUCCAACAGGCUUAUGAUUAGAAAUGGAUCAAUUCAAUUUUUAUAAUAAAUGCAUAAAUAUUACUAUAUAAUAAUUUGGACUGCUUCUUUGCCCAGAUAUGCUAAAUGGGCUCUAAAGAAGAUUGAUCAACAAAUUCAUUAGCAUAUUGAUCUGUUACUAACUCGAGAAUAUUGUAUACCUCAUGAGAAAGGAUUCUAUUAAAAGAUGCUCUCCAUGUUGGGAUAAGAAUUAAGUACUCUCCUAAUAGUUGAGAAUGACUUUAGAAGUGUGAUUGAUUCUGAAAAGGACUACCUGCAUUUGAUAGAUUCUUAUUUGGGUUAGGAGGAUACUGUAUUAUUUGAACUAAGUAAUCGUUUGACCGACGCAUAUAAAUAUUAUUAAGAGGGAUUUAGUUUUUAAAGAGCUGUGAAGAUGACUUAAAUGAAAUAGGAUUGA